UAUUUUCCAAUAGGGUUUUCAAUUAUUUAUUAUCAUACAAAAGAGUGUGAUAAGUGAGAACACACUCUUAACACAAAAGCAAAAAAAAGGGAAUGAAAGGAGCGUAGAAUAAAGCAAAAGUGAAGGUCUUUCUCAUACACGGAUCCCCAUAGAAUGAAGGCCUAGCAUUGCUUGCUGGAAUACAUUCUUUUUGUUUAGUUUAAAGGAACUUGCUUUGUUCCCUUUAGAUAUACAUAUACCCUUAUAUACUAACUAAGGCACACAAAAACCAAAGAGAGUUUAUAGAUAUAUUUCAUUACAUUGUUUGUUAGAUACUUAGAUAUGGUAUGAUUAGUAUAUGAUUGAGUUGCAUUGCUUCUAGACAUAUUUUCCUUGUUAUUUUGUUAUCUUGUGAGAGAAAAUAUGAAGAGAAUGGAAAACAAUGAUGAUAGUGUUGACAUUAACAAUGAAAAUAACUGGUUAGGUUUUUCACUCUCUCCUCAAAUGAAUAAUAUUGGUGUUUCUUCACACACUCAUCAUCAUUCACUACCUUCUGCUACUGCUACUGCUUCUGAAGUAGUUCCACUUCAAGCAAGCUUUUACCAUUCUUCACCUCUUAGUAACUUUUGUUACUCUUAUGGACUUGAACAUGAAAAUGCUGGCUUGUAUUCAUUACUUCCCAUUAUGCCUCUCAAAUCUGAUGGAUCUCUUUUUGAAAUGGAAGCUCUUAGCAGGUCACAAACACAAGCAAUGAGUACUACUUCAGCACCAAAACUAGAGAAUUUUUUAGGUAAUGAAGCUAUGGGGACCCCUCAUUAUGCAUGUAGUAGUACUGUGACAGAAACAAUGCCUUUGAGUUUAGACAGCAUGUUCCAAAAUCAAAUUCAACAAAACAUGAACAUGAACAACCAACAACAUUUGUCAUAUUAUAACUCAACUUUGAGAAACCAUGAGUUGAUGUUAGAAGGGUCAAAGCAAAGUCAAACAUCAAGUGGAAAUUUCCAUCAAUCAAACAUGGGUGAAGAUCAUGGACUUAGUGGUUUAAAGAACUGGGUUUUAAGGAAUUUUCCAGCUAGUCAUGGACAUGAUCAGUCAAAGAUGAUUGUUCCCGUUGUAGAGGAAAAUGAAGGUGAAUGUGGAUCCAAUAUUGGAUCAAUGGCUUAUGGAGAUUUGCAUUCUUUGAGCUUGUCAAUGAGUCCUAGCUCUCAGUCUAGCUGUGUUACAACCUCUCAGAAUAUGUCAUCUGCUGUUGUUGAAAAUUCUGUUGCUAUGGAUACAAAGAAAAGAGGAAGUGAAAAAUUUGAGCAGAAGCAAAUUGUUCAUAGGAAAUCUAUUGAUACUUUUGGUCAAAGAACCUCUCAAUAUAGAGGUGUAACAAGGCAUAGGUGGACUGGGAGAUAUGAAGCUCAUUUAUGGGACAACAGUUGCAAGAAAGAAGGCCAAAGCAGAAAAGGAAGACAAGUUUAUCUUGGUGGUUAUGAUAUGGAAGAAAAAGCUGCUAGAGCUUAUGAUCAAGCAGCACUCAAGUAUUGGGGACCAUCUACUCACAUAAACUUCCCUUUGGAAAAUUAUCAAAAUCAACUUGAGGAAAUGAAGAAUAUGACAAGACAGGAAUAUGUUGCUCAUUUAAGAAGAAAAAGCAGUGGAUUCUCAAGAGGGGCAUCCAUGUACAGAGGAGUAACAAGACAUCACCAACAUGGAAGAUGGCAAGCUAGAAUUGGUAGAGUGGCUGGUAAUAAAGAUCUAUAUCUUGGAACUUUCAGUACUCAAGAGGAAGCAGCUGAAGCCUAUGACAUUGCAGCUAUAAAAUUCAGAGGAGCUAAUGCAGUGACCAACUUUGAUAUAAUAAAAUAUGAUGUUGAAAAAAUCAUGGCUAGUAGUAACCUUCUUAACAUUGAACAAGCUAGAAGGAACAAAGAGGUGGUAGAUAUUAGUUCAACUCAAUACAUUGAUCAGAACAAGCCUUCUUCUGCAUAUGACAACAACAGCACUCAAGAAGCCAUUUCAAUGCAGAAGAGUAUGGUUCUGUAUCAAUCCUCCCAACAUCAACAACUUCAACAGAAUCAACCAAGAUUUGAGAAUGAAAGAACUCAUCAAACUUUUUCCUCAGUGUCUUUGGAUAACAUGUUUCAUCAAGAAGUAGUUGAGGAAGCAAGUAAGAUGAGAACACAUGUGUCAAAUGCUUCUUCAUUGGCUACAAGUUUGAGUAGUUCAAGAGAAGGUACUCCAGAUAGAACAAGCUUGCAAAAUCUCUCUGGAAUAAUGCCUUCAACAGCUUCAAAACUAUUGGUUACUUCUGCUCCAAAUAGUAAUUUGAAUUCUUGGGACCCUUCACAACAUCUUAGGCCUUCCCUUUCUUUGCCUCAGAUGCCAGUUUUUGCUGCAUGGACUGAUGCAUAGUCCCUUUCUUUUUCUCUCUAUCACACUCUCAAGUAAAAUUUCAAUUUUUUUUUUUUUUUUUUUACUUUUUGCAUGGAGGGACAAUAUGUAAGAAAUGGUGAUGGGAGCUAGUAAAAUUGAGGGUUUACUUCAUUAUUGAACUUUUUUUUUUAUAUAAAAAAGUUUAGAUAAGUUAAAUCUCACAUGAUCACUUGUGUCAAGGCAUGUUUCGAGGCUCGAAAUACUGCUUGAACCUUUUAAGUAACUACAUUUGAAUAGUUAAGACAAGAAUUGCCUAAA